AUGGUGCCUUCGUUGCCGUCGAGAUCUACUUCCAUCUCACAUCUCGGACGUCCGCCGGUUUUGGGAGCUGUAGCGAUGAGAGUUCUCGUCUCUUUCCUUCAGCCUCCCGGAUCCGACGUCUCGCUCUCCGAGCCUCUCUCACCGCCGUGUGAGUACUCUUCCGGAAAGGCCGGUGCCUCCUCCAAAACCUCCAGAUCCACUGGAUUUUUGGCGCUCUGUUUCUUUUGGCCGUUCAACCAUUGUCUUUUAUCCUUCACUAAGGAAUCUGACGCUUUAACCAGAGAUCUUGCUUUCACUGUUCAUGCCAUCACAGUUGGAAGCCUCUCCGGUGACGUCUUCCUGAAGCUGGCCGCCGCCGUCAUUAGUACUGGUCUGGAGGCGAAUAUGUUACAUGGGCCGCUGGGUCCAAUUUGCCUUUUAGGGUUAGUUAUUUCUUCUUACUUCCUGGGUUAG